GACUGCAGUUCAUUUUCUACUGUAAGAAUGCCAUUAGUCAUGAUUAGAAAAGGUCUCCAGAAGAAGCCAGAAGGCACAUGAAGCCUAAAUUAUAUGAGUCUAAGUUAGCACUUAUGCAACUGAAGCAGGAACUAGCCUUUUUUUUUUUUUGACUUCAGAGAGUUGGUCAGGGUCUUCCAAAAUCUUUUUAAAAAUAUGAUAUAUUUAUUUAUAUAUAUUUAUUAUUUAAUUACAUUUAUUAUUUAAUUGUAAUCCAUAUAUGCCAAAAAUUGUCCAUAGGUGUGUGUGCGUGUGUGUGUGUGUGUGUGUGUGUGUCAUUGUUUCCAAUGAGAGCUCAAUAUAAGGAAGUACAAAACUGUCCUAACUGCAUAUGUAAAUAACUUGUCAAACUUUCAGAGAAUCUCACUUUUGCCUGCCAAGCUCAGUGGUCAAGCAGUUGUUUUCACUUUAGCCGUUAAUGACUGAAAACUGUAAAAAUGCAGUUAUGUGCUUUUCUUCUGCUGAGUUUGGCUGUGGCUCUUUGUCUUGCAUCACCAAUGCUCCCACCAGAUAUAAAUGGCACUGAGGAAUGGAAGGACAUUCCUGAUAUAAACAAAGGUUUAAAUCUCAGAGAAGGAGACAUCAUGAUGCCUAAUCAAAGGAGCGCCAUUCUUGGGAAUCAGUGGAAUAUUCCCGUCCCAUAUGAGCUGAGUAUGAAUCUAAGUAUGAACUAUAAAGGAGUCAUUUUGAGAGCCUUUGAACAAUUCAGGCUGAAAUCGUGUAUUGACUUUAAGCCCAGAGCAGCAGAAAAUUUUUACAUCUCUGUGGAGAGUCGUGAAGGCUGUUGGUCGUAUGUUGGGCGCAUAUUUUCUGGAGGUCAGACUCUUUCCAUUGGAAAUGGCUGUGGAAUAAAAGCCAUUGUUGAGCAUGAGUUUCUCCAUGCACUAGGAUUUUGGCAUGAGCAGUCAAGAUAUGACAGAGAUGAUUAUGUGACCAUCAAAUUUGAAAACAUCAUAAAAGGGAAGGAGAGCAAUUUCAAUAAAUACAGUGAGAAUGUGACCACCACCCAAGGCACCCCAUAUGACUAUUACUCUGUGAUGCAUUAUGAUAAAAAUGCCUUCAGUAACGGUAAUGGAUCCACGAUCAUCACCAAGCGUCCUGAGUUCCAGGAUGUGAUUGGUCAACGAAUGGACAUCAGUGAAUAUGAUGCGAUUGAGCUCAACAAACUCUAUAAAUGCAAUUCCUCCAUCUCUUUUCUUGACCACUGCAGUUUUGAUGAUGAAUCUCUGUGUCAGAUGAGCGUCUGUUCUGCUGCUGAUUAUGGCUGGCAGAGAGUGAAGUCAGUGAGUGGCAUCAGUGUGACUGACCACACCUACUUGGGCAAAGAACAGAAUGUUACACCUGCAGGGACGUCUUUUUUCAUGCACUUCAGCACUGAGGGCAGAAAUGAAGGGGACACAGCCAGAAUGGAAAGCAAGACAAUGACCCCUAAAAGAGACUGCAGUGUCCAGUGUCUGCAGUUUUACUACUAUCACAGUGGUAAUGAGUCUGACCAGCUCAACAUCUGGAUCCGAGAGUACCAGAAUGAAGCAGACAACAGAGGAACUCUCAGACUUAUGGAUCAGAUCACAGAACUCCCUGGUAAUUACUGGAAGCUGCAUCACGUGUCACUGAAUGCAAAUAAAACCUUCCAAGUUGUAUUUGAAGCCCGUAAAGGAGCUGGAAACUCCAGUGGAGGCUUUUCACUGGAUGAUAUCAAUAUUUCAGAGACUGAGUGUCCCCACACAUGGCAGAUAAGGAACUUUUCAAUAAUGGAAUAUUCAAUACAUUACAGUCCAUUGUAUUACUCUAGUGAUGGCUAUCGCUUUCAGGCUGCAUUAGUAGUGUAUCAGAGUUUUCUUGGCAUGUAUGUUCGUCUGGUAUCUGGUGCAUAUGAUGACCAGUUGCAAUGGCCUUGUCCAUGGAGACAAAUAACCUUCCAGAUGCUUGACCAGAAUCCACACAUACAGAAGCGCAUGUCCUCUGAACAAAGCAUCACCACUGACCCUACUUUGAUUUCUUCCAAUGGCAGAUAUUACUGGGACAAUCCUCGAAAAAAUGGAGCUCGAGUCACCAUUGGCAAUGAGACCGUAUAUGUGGGUCUUUUUUCGGUCUAUACAUAUGCCAUUAUGAAAGAUGAUCUGAUCAGAAGAGAGUUCAUCAAGGGUGGUGACAUCAUAUUUCUCUUCAACAUGCAAGAUAUCUCAGGGCUACUUCAGAAUCACUCUCUACCCUGCUCUAAAGUGACAGUGAAGAAUUUCAACAUUUCUCCUGAUGCGAGUGCCCGGCAGGGACCAUGUGCUACAAGAGCUCUUCCCACACCUCAGUCGAACUCAACAACUAGAACUACAAGAACAAGCCCCACUGAGGGAGCUCUUCCCACACCUCAGUCGAACUCAACAACUAGAACUACAAGAACAAGCCCCACUGAGGGAGCUCUUCCCACACCUCAGUCGAACUCAACAACUAGAACUACAAGAACAAGCCCCACUGAGGGAGCUCUUCCCACACCUCAGUCGAACUCAACAACUAGAACUACAAGAACAAGCCCCACUGAGGGAGCUCUUCCCACACCUCAGUCGAACUCAACAACUAGAACUACAAGAACAAGCCCCACUGAGGGUGAUUGUGUGGACAUAUUUUGCAAUUCCAGUGCCAAGACUGCUUCCACUCUGAUCAACUUGGUGCUUUGCUUUCUUUUGCUAGUGAGUUAAUCAUGAGAAAUCACUAUUAUCACAGCCUCAUGUCUGACCACACAGGAGUUCAAAGCCAAAGAACUGCACCUAUCUUCAGCUUUCUGGGAUAUGAUAGUUAAAAUAUGUAUUGUUAAUUAAAGAAUCUGCUUACAUGGCUUAUCUGUAUUCAUAUAUCUACAAUCAAUGUUAAUCUUAGCAUUAAUCAUAAUGCUUAACAAUAUAUUCUCAUUUUGAGUUCUUACUGUAAUCAUAACGCAUGAUUCAAACAUUCUCUGUAGAGGUUAAGGUAAAUAUUUGUAAUGUUUGAGUCAUUUCUAUGUGAUAAAUCAAUGCUUGGAUACUAUUGGUAGUAUAGAUAACAAAACAGUUCUGCAGGAAAUCAGUGACUAAAUAAAUAUGACUAUGUGUUUGAAUCUAAAUGUAAGAGAAUAUGCACGUAAAUUUUACAAAGAUGAAAGCGUCUGUCAGCUCUAAAACAGCCCGCUGUUUUAAGUCAUGAAAAGAAGUUCAUGAAGCCUGUUUGGCCUGCGAAUAACCUGCAAGAUUCUGGUGGCAUCUAGUGGCAUAUGGUGGAGCUUCCACUUGUCCGCAGGUGAACAAAAUGGUUUUUAAUAUAUUAUGUAUAAAAUAAGUGAGAAGGUUUUCUGAUAACAGCAUGAUGGCCAUUUGAGAAAACCAACUGUGGCUUAAGUUUUCUGUCAAGAUGUGGUUAGUUUAAUGGCACAAGUCACAAUUCAUUUUUUAAGUGACUGUCAAAUGUGUUUCUCUGCUUUUCUGACUUGUCUUGAUAAACUUCUAUCACUGCAAUAAACUUGACUUU